UUACUUUACAGAUGGCAGAAGAUUUUUUCAUUUAGUGUGUGGGGUAAAAUUGCAACUUUUUGGAAUAAAGCUUUCCUUACCAUUAUUGUCCUAUUGAUUGUUCUGUUUCUAGAUGCUGUGAGAGAAGUAAGGAAAUAUUCCACUACUCCUGCCUUGGAAAAGAGCACAACCAACAGACCUGGUGCCUAUGAACAUUCACAGAUGAAACUUUUUAGGUCCCAAAGAAAUCUUUAUAUCUCUGGAUUUUCAUUAUUUUUUUGGCUAGUGUUGAGACGUCUGGUUACACUUAUUACUCAGCUGGCAAAAGAACUAUCGAACAAAAGCGUGCUUAAAAUUCAAGCAGAUAAUACUAAUAAGGCUGCCAAAAGAUUCAUGGAAGAGAAUGAAAAACUAAAAUGGAUUCUGAAAAGCCAGGACAAGGAUGGAGGACACAUUUUGGAAGCUGAAAAUAAAAAACUAGUAGAAGACCAAGAGAAACUGAAAAGUGAAUUAAAGAAGACCUCAGAUGCUCUUUUUAAGGCACAAAAUGAUGUAAUGUGUAUGAAGGUUCAGUCAGAGAGACUUUCAAAAGAAUACGACCGACUCCUGAAAGAACACUCAGAACUUCAGAAUUGCUUAGAUAAAGGCAAUAAGAAAGGACAGUGAACUUCUC